AUGAGCAAGAACGUCAAAACUAACUUCCCAGACAUUCUCAAACCAUCCGCUGAAGAUAUUAAAAUGAUGGUUGCUUGCCGUGUUCAUAUUGGAGCUACUAACUUAAACUUUGCUAUGGAAGAAUAUGUUUAUGAAAGAGGAAACAACAAUGAAUGUAUCUUCAAUCUCAUGAAGACUUGGGAAAAACUUUCACUUGCUGCUCGUGUCAUUGCAGGUAUUUCAAAUGAAACCCCAUCUGAUGUAGUUGCUGUUGCUGGACGUGAGAUGGCUCACAGAGCAUCACUUAAAUUCAUGAAAUACACUGGAUGUACUGCUGUUGCUGGAAGAUUCACACCAGGAUCAUUCACUAAUCAAAUUCAAAAGAAAUUCAUGGAACCAAGACUUAUUAUUGUUUCAGAUCCAUCUGUUGAUCAUCAAGCACUUAGAGAAUCAGGGUACAUUAAUGUUCCAACCAUUGCCUUCUGCAAUUCUGAUAACAGUCUUAAGAACGUUGAUAUUGCUAUUCCAUGCAAUAACAGAUCAAGACUUUCAAUUGGUCUUAUGUGGUGGAUGUUAACUAGAGAAAUCCUUAGAUAUCAAGGAAAACUUGCUAGAGACGAAAAGUGGGAUGUUAUGGUUGAUCUUUUCCUUCAUAGAGAACUUGAUGCUAAGAAAGAUGCUCCAGUUAUUGCUGGUGAAGAAAAAGUUGCCAAAGUCGAAGACAAGAAAGCUGCUAGUGAUGCUACUGUUGCUUCAACUGAAUGGGACGACCAAAAGAAGAACUAAAUUGAAUUAGUCCAAAUUUUCUUUAAAG